GACAAGUGCUCCACUGGACGAGGAGCAAACGAAACUAGCCAAACACCGAGCGAAUCAAUUGGAUUGCCAGUCUUCGAAAAUGGAUCGUUGGCAGGACCGAGUGGCCGUGGUUACGGGUGCCAGUUCGGGGAUCGGGGCCGCCACGGCCAAAGCGCUCGUCGAGGCGGGCGUGGUGGUGGUGGGCCUGGCCCGCCGGAUGGACCGCAUGGAGGCGCUGAGGGCCGAGCUGCCGGAGGAGAUGCAAGGGCGCUUUCAUCUGAUGCACUGCGACGUGGCGGACCUGGACUCGCUGACGGCGGCCUUCGACUGGGUGGAGGAGCAGCUGGGCGGCGUCGACAUCCUGGUGAACAAUGCCGGCUGCCUGUUCGCCGGCCAGCUGCUCACCCAGGAGCUGGAGAAGUUGGAGCAGACCUGGAAGGUGAACAUCAUGGGCGUCCUCAACUGCACGCGCCGCGCCUUCCGCUCCAUGCAGCAGCGCGACGUGGCCGGUCAUGUGGUGCUGAUCAACAGCCUCACGGGCGAGACGAUCAUCAAUCCGCCGGGCGACGAGCUGCAGGUGCUCAAUAUGUAUCCCCUGACCAAGCACGGCAUCAAGGCCAUGCUCGAGGUGCUGCGCCAGGAGUUUCGCGGCUUCAAGACCAAGAUCAAGAUUACGAGCAUCACGCCGGGGGUCACGGACACGGAGAUUCUACCCAGGGGCUAUGACUCGCUGCCCAUGCUGAGGCCCGAGGACAUUGCCGCCGGCAUUAUCUACGCCCUGGCCACGCCGCCGCACGUCCAGGUGCAUCAGCUGACGAUCAAGCCGCUGGGGGAGCCCUUCUAGGUGCUGCCGAUGACGUCACCAUCAUCGCUCCCGAUGAUGCCAUCAUUCUCGGCGAAUACAUAUACACAGCUCGCAGUGGGCGUGUCUGAAGUGGCAGCUCACCGACUGAAA